CGCUGGGCUCGUCUUCAGACACAGCUGAUAGUCCUUGUCUACAGCCAGCCAUGAAGUUCAUCUUUGCUCUCGUUGCUUGCCUUGGUGCCUUUAACCUGGCUACUGGUACCCCUUUAGCUUCUGAGGAUGGCAUUGUCGUCUCUCAUGCUGACCCUGCUGUCGACACUGCUGCCCUCGCUGACAGGAGUGGCUUCAGCGCGAAGGAGACUCGCGACGCCACUCAGUUCACCAUUCCACCGGGGAUCCAUCUAAUACCAGCCAACCAGACGGUUCAGACCCACACAGGUCACAAUCACUGUAGCUCUAUGGCAGCAUUCUUCCAAUCCAUUUCCUUCUCCGGCAUCCCGGGCAUCCCCAACACCGUUUUCAGCGGCAGUGGCGAGGGCACGUCCCUCACGGCGUCGCCCGUAACACCGUCUCCUGGGAAUACGAAGGGCCUCGUCAUCCUGCCGACAACGGACGGCUUCCUGCUGACCUUGUUCUUCCAGUUCAGCUCUAGUGGCUCUGGCGGGCCGCUCCAGACUGCGGUAAUCAACAAUUUGCCGGAGUCCGUUGUGGCCGACAACGAGCUCAUCCUUACGGUCACUUCUGAAGACAGUGUCGACAACGAUAAUAACGACUCUGAGGUGACCAUUAUUGUUGCGACUGGGGACUAG